AUGACUCCAGGCUCCCCAGCUUAUCCCGCAAUCCUGGCCGAGCUGGGGGCGGGCAGGCAGGUUAAGAACGACUUCGUCGCUUCCGUGCUGGUGCAGGUGCUGGGGGUGAAGGAGAGUGCUGAUCUGCAGGAAGGGUUUGGGUUCUUUGUGCAGGAUGUGCUGUCAGGCGGGCUGGAGAAGGCGCAUGGAGAGAGGAGGGGGGGAGCCGAGGGGAGGGCUGCUGAGAAGAUGCAUGAGGAGGGGGAGGGGGGAACCGGGGGAGAAGGCAUGUACGUUAGUGGGGUAAGCGCCACAGAUUUCGCUCUUGCUUUCGCUAUAGAGCUGUCCAAGCCAGAGCACUGUGCAGAAGCCUGUAUGCACAUAUUCGAUGGGAACAAUGUGAGUAAGGUGAGGGUGGAAGAGGCAGCAAUCGAGGAGGCUAGAAGCAGGCUGAGAAAAAGGAUAGGUGACAAGAGCAGAAUAUGGGGCUUCGGAAGGACAGGAGGAGAGGGGACAGCAGCAGACACUAGUGGGACAGCAGCAGACACGUGUGGGACAGCAGCAGACACGUGUGGGACAGCAGCAGACAUGACUGGGACAGCAGAAGCAUUGGCAAUGGAGGAUGCAUCUGCUUACAGUGCUGCUGCUUUAGCUGAAACCCGGGCUUUUACACAAGCAGAUGGCACUGGCUCCAGCUACAGUUCUGGUCUCGUGCCUGUUAACUCAAGUCCUGUCCUCGCAGCCUUCACAUCACAUAUCGAGUUGCCCGCAUAUUACAGUGGGUUCGAUCACCUCCCGAGCCUGCUGCUGAGGCUCGGCGCCAUCCCCAAGCCUCUUCAUGAUGCUCAACAUCCAAUGGAGUGGGAGGAAUGGCCACAGGGCGAUGAAGCUGUCGUGAAGCUUCCAGAUGAUCCCAACGUGAGAUUCGUCCAGCUGGGUAUUGUGGAGGAGAAUAUGACGGUGGUGGGGAGUGGCCACAUGGGAGCGGGGGUGACAGAGCAAGCAUCAAAGUCUGGGAGGAAGCAUGUGAGAGGGAAGGGGCGAAGAGCCAAGGCAUCUGGCCAAGGAAGUGAAGUCAGAGGGGGUGAUACAAACAGAGGGCUUGGCAAAGACCGAGGGGGAUUUGUAAACGCUUCCGGCAUGGCUGUUGCACAGCCGCCUCGGGAAAGGAAGCUUCCCAUCGUCCGUUGCGUGGCAGAUGCAGAUUAUAUUGUGGAAGCGGUCGGUUUGAUAGUGAGUCCACCAGCAUGUGUCUACUGCAGCCCUUGCUUUCGCAGCUACAACUUCUUGAUCCCUUCCAUCGCCCUCAUCGCCAAGUUUGCCUACCGCCCCCUACAUGUGCUCUUCAACCGCUUUGUAUCUGUCUUCCCGCCGCACUCCUUUGGGUUCAACACGCUCGUGAAGAUCAUGGGAUUGUCGCCGCUUCCCCCGCGCCCGUCUGUGUCCACCUGCGGCGGUAGCGGUGACCGAGGAGGUUGUGAUGGUGCUGGCACUAGCAGUGAUGCUGCUUGUGCUGGUGAUGGUGCUGGUGGUGCUGGUGGUGGUGGUAUUGCCGAUGCUGAUAGUGAUAGUGGUGUUGCUGAAACUGGUUGUGAUGGUGAUGGUACUGGUGUUGUUGGUGCUGGUGCUGGUGAUGGUGUUAAUGCUGGCAAGAGCAUUGGGGAAAAGGGCAAGAAGGAGGAGGGAGAAUAG